AUGACGUUCCCUCAAGACCCCCAAGAUCCUAACCACCAGGAUCAUCACGACAACGACAUGCACGAUGAGGACGAGAUUAUCCAGGAGGAGGAGAUCGAAGAGGUUGUCGCCGACGACGCCGAGGGCGAUGUCGCCAUGGAUUCCGACGAAGACCACGAGAUGGGCGAGGGCGACGAGGAGAUGUUCCUACACAACGACAGCAUCGCCUACUUCGACGCGCACAAGGACUCCCUGAUCGCGACCGGCGGCUCCGAGGGCGAAGGCGACGAUAUGCCCGGCAAGGGCUACGUGCUCGACACAUCCGCUGCCGUCUCCCGCCCCGUCCUACCUCCCAGCUACCAGUCCGACCCCAGCGCCAACCAACAGCAAAACACCGAACUCACCCCCAUCUUCGAGAUCGACGGACACACCGACAGCAUCAACGCGCUCGCUUUCACACUGCCAAAGGGCGACUUCCUCGCCAGCGCCGGCAUGGAUGGCCGGUUACGCGUAUACGCUGUUAGCGCGGGCGCCAACCAGUUCGAAUUCAGCUUCCUCGCCGAGUCGCAAGAGACAGAAGAGAUCAACUGGCUUCUGCCCUGCCCCUCUCCCGAAUUCCCCAACACUUUGGCCCUCGGUGCCUCCGACGGCUCCGUGUGGGUCUUCACCAUCGACGCCUCCGACUCUGCCUCCCCGAUCCAGAUCGUCCAGUCCUACUUUCUUCACACCGGCCCUUGCACGGCGGGCGCCUGGUCCGCCGACGGCAACCUUUUGGCGACCGUCUCCGAGGACGCAUCCAUGCACGUCUUCGACGUCUGGGGCGUCGCCGCCGGCAAGAACCUCACCACCGACAACGGCCAGACGGUCGUCUCUCUCACCGAAGCCGAUCAGCGUUUCGCCGUCGAAGGCGGUCUCUACUCGGUCGCCAUCUCGCCCUCGGGUAACUUCGUCGCCGCCGGCGGCGCAGGCGGUAACAUCAAGAUCGUCGGUCUCCCCCGCUUGUCCGAGCCCGCCCCAACAAAGCCUACACAAUCCCGCCCAGCCCCCGCCAUCCGCGGUCCCGCGGGCCGUCGCAUGCCCGCCCCCACACCACGCGGCGCCUCCGCUGCUGCGGGCACCGAACCCUCAGCCCAAGCAGGUGCCAUCCUCGCCUCCAUGGCGGUCCAAGGCGACAGCAUCGAGUCGCUCGCCUUCUCUCCCCUCCCGCAGACCCUCCUGGCCGCUGGUUCAGUAGACGGCAGCAUCGCCGUGUACGACAGUGCGCGCUCGUUCGCUGUGCGCAAGCACAUCCGCGGCGCGCACGAGGGUGAGUCGGUCGUUAAGGUGGAUUUCGUCAAGAGCGCGACGUCGCAGCCUGGCAUGCACGGGUGGCUUUUGACAAGCUGUGGACUUGAUGGUGUCGUGAGGAGAUGGGACCUGCGUGGUGCGACGGCGAGCUCGGCGAACAUGCAGAGCGGUGCAGCCGUGAGUGGGUUGUUGAAGGAGUGGAGGGGACAUGCCGGUGGAGAGGGCGGUGGUGUUCUGGGCUUCGUCCAGGGCGAGACGGGUGAGAGAGUUGUUACUGCUGGUGAUGAUGGUGUUGUUCUGGUUUUUGAGGCUUGA